AUGGCAUCCAACCUGCCAGCCCAGCCCAACCUUCGGGUCACGAUUAUCGCGGCCGACGGUCUCUACAAACGUGAUGUCUUUCGAUUUCCCGACCCAUUCGCUGUGGCCACUGUCGGAGGCGAGCAAACUCACACCACCUCGGUGAUCAAAAAGACCUUGAAUCCAUACUGGAAUGAACCCUUCGAUCUGUACGUCGCUACCCCCACUUUUUACCGCGAGCUUUGGUCUCGGAAAGUCAACGAAGACAGUAUUCUCGCGAUUCAAAUUUUCGACCAAAAGAAGUUCAAGAAGAAGGAUCAGGGUUUCCUCGGCGUCAUCAACGUACGGAUCGGCGAUGUGAUCGAUCUACAGAUGGGUGGUGAUGAAAUGCUCACUCGCGACCUGAAAAAGUCCAAUGAUAACCUCGUCGUCCACGGCAAGCUGAUCAUUAACCUGUCAACUAAUCUCGACGCACCCCACCCCAACCAGCAGAAUGGACUUCGGCCUCAACAGGCUCAAUCUUCCACAUCCAGUGGUCUUGUCCCACAAAUUGCAGCACCCUUAUCGCAAUCCCAGGCUGGUCCUAACCAUCUCGACAAUUCUCCCGCCCCCGCCGCAUCAAGUUCUUCGCUCAACAACCGCGCGUCGACCAGUGGGCCCCCUCCACCCCCCAAUGGAGCCGCUCCGCCCGGUGUCGGUGCCGCAUCGCGUGCAAAUCUGAGUUCAUUCGAGGAUAGUCAGGGUCGACUCCCCGCGGGCUGGGAGCGAAGAGAGGAUAAUUUGGGACGGACUUACUACGUCGAUCACAACACGCGAACUACCACCUGGUCACGACCAUCCGCCAACUAUAAUGAGCAGAGCUCCCGCAAUGAGCGCGCCGCCAACAUGCAACUCGAGCGUCGCGCCCACCAGAGCCGAAUGCUACCGGAAGAUCGCACCGGCGCCAGUUCGCCCAAUUUGCCGGAAGGCCAAAGCACGCCGCCGCCAGGUGCUCCUCCUCCUGCUGCACCGGCCGCCGGGGGUUCAGCCCCUGGAUCUCACGCCAAUGCCGUUUCCAUGAUGGCAACGGGAGCCACCACUGCAGGCACUGGAGAGCUCCCGCCAGGAUGGGAGCAACGAUCCACGCCCGAGGGCCGCGCAUACUUCGUGGACCACAAUACCCGCACUACAACCUGGGUCGAUCCUCGUCGGCAGCAGUACAUCCGCAUGUACGGUCAGAACCAGAACCAGGGAGGAAACAACACCACCAUCCAACAGCAGCCCGUGUCUCAACUGGGACCUCUACCAAGUGGCUGGGAAAUGCGUCUCACGAAUACGGCUCGAGUGUACUUUGUCGACCACAACACCAAGACUACUACUUGGGACGAUCCCAGAUUGCCCUCCUCCUUGGACCAGGGUGUUCCUCAGUACAAGCGUGACUUCCGCCGCAAGCUGAUCUACUUCCGAUCCCAGCCUGCUUUGCGAAUCAUGUCUGGUCAAUGCCAUGUUAAGGUUCGCCGUAAUAAUAUCUUCGAAGACUCUUACGCCGAGAUCAUGCGCCAGAGUGCUUCCGAUCUGAAGAAGCGUUUGAUGAUCAAAUUCGAUGGGGAAGACGGUCUGGAUUAUGGUGGUCUUUCUCGUGAAUUCUUUUUCCUUCUCUCUCACGAAAUGUUCAACCCCUUCUACUGCCUUUUCGAAUACUCCGCCCACGAUAAUUAUACCCUGCAGAUUAAUCCUCACUCUGGCGUCAACCCUGAGCAUCUCAAUUACUUCAAAUUCAUCGGCCGUGUUGUCGGCCUGGCGAUCUUCCAUCGUCGCUUCUUGGAUUCCUUCUUCAUCGGUGCUUUCUAUAAGAUGAUGCUGAGGAAGAAAGUGACUCUUCAAGACAUGGAGGGUGUGGACGAAGAUUUACAUCGAAACCUUGCGUGGACCUUGGACAAUGACAUCGAAGGAAUCGUUGAGCUUACCUUCUCUGUCGACGAUGAGAAGUUUGGCGAGCGUCGCACUAUUGAUUUGAAACCCGGUGGAGAGGAGAUUAACGUCACCAACGAGAACAAGCCGGAGUACAUUGAAUUGGUUACGGAAUGGAAGAUUGUCAAGCGCGUGGAGGAGCAAUUCAACGCAUUCAUGUCCGGUUUCAACGAACUGAUCCCCGCGGAUCUGGUCAACGUCUUCGACGAGCGUGAACUGGAACUGCUAAUCGGCGGUAUCGCUGAUAUCGACGUGGAUGACUGGAAGAAGCACACCGAUUACCGCGGUUACCAGGAGCAGGACGAGGUUAUUCAGAACUUCUGGAAGAUCGUCCGCACUUGGGAUGCGGAGCAGAAGUCGCGUCUGUUGCAGUUCACCACUGGUACUUCGCGUAUCCCCGUCAACGGUUUCAAGGACUUGCAAGGUUCGGACGGUCCCAGACGAUUCACUAUUGAGAAGUCAGGAGAUCCUGCCGCUUUGCCCAAGUCGCACACCUGUUUCAACCGUCUUGACCUACCGCCCUAUAAGACCCACGACGCCCUGGAGCACAAGAUGUCUAUUGCAGUGGAGGAGACCCUUGGAUUUGGACAGGAAUAG